AUGCCCCUCUAAGCUCUAACCUCUUGGUCCCAGAUCUACCUUCCGACGCCAUAGCCCUUCCAACUCGGCCGUUCACGACAACAGAGACAGAGCCCCCCCGAUAACGUCAUUGCCACUGCUUGCCCUCGUGCGGAGACCUACUGCAACAAGUCCCGUGACUUCUUGAAUGAUGUGGAGUUCAAUUGCGAAUUUGAAAGAGAAUUUGAGCAAGAUCGCGCUGGAUGUGCACGAGGAUGACGAUGACGAGCUCGAGAUCCAUAAUUCUCCCUACGAAGGCGAUCCCUCAGUCUUCGAUCGGCGGAAUUCUCACCGAUUUGCACAUUCCAAGUCGGUUUCAGGUUCUCCCAUUGUGAAUGGCAUCGACGUCGUGUAUAAUCCCGAUAUUGAAACCUACAAAGCCGAAAUAAAGAGACUUCAGGAUUCGGAGGCAGAAAUUAAAGCAUUAUCAAGGAACUAUGCAGCUAUAUUAAAAGAGAAAGAGGAUCAUAUUUCCAGAUUAAACCAAGAAAAUGGCUCUUUGAGAAAGAAUUUGGAUGCAACCAGUGCGGCUCUGAAUGUACCUAGAAGCGAGAGUUCCAAAGCAUCAACAAAUAGCUUUAAUGUGGUCAAGGCAAGUGGUGAGCAAUCGCCUAAUCGACAGCUUAAAGUUGUAACACAGAUGAAAAACCGCUCUUCUGGAAACCAAAUGCAAAAUGGUGUUGCCUCCAAACAUGUUGGAAUUGGCAAUGGAGUUCUGCAUGCUGAUCAAAAUAAGAUGUCAAAUUUACAUGGGAAUGAAAAGGAGCUUGAAGAUUUGCUAGAAGAGAAAAAUAGGUCCCUGGAAGCAGCACAAGCAACUCAUGAGUUGCAAAUGAAACAGCUAAGGAUGGAGCUUGAGAAAGAACGGGAUAAAUUAGUAAAGUCGCAGAAGCAAUUGCAUGAGGAACAAAAAUUAAAAGGAAUGUUGCAGGAUGAGCUCAUGUUGCUCAAAGAGGAUAAGGAAAAAACCUCCGUGGAGAUGAGUAAAGUGAUAGACCAAUUGACUGAGAAGUUAUCAGAAAUAAAGCGACUAAAAAUGGAGUUGCGUAGACAGAACAAUGAAGAUGCAGAUGGCGUUGUGGAAAGUUUGAGAGGAAUAAUUGCUAUGCUUGAGAACGAGAAUGAUAAUCUCAAGAUGGAGAAGAAUGAACUUGAGGGUGCUUUGAAUUUGAGCAGGAACUCUUCAUUUGACAAAGUCCCUCUGGAUGUUUCAGACCCUCUUUUGAAUAGGAAAGGAGAAUCGUCAGGUGGUUUUCCUGGAAAAGAAGAAAUGGAGCAAUCUGUGCAAAAAUUGGAAAAUGACUUGAAGGAAACACGUGGUCAAAGGGACAAAGCAUUGCAAGAGUGUGCCCGCCUUAAGCAGCAUUUGUUAGAAAAGGAAAAUGAAGAUUCUGAGAAAAUGGACGAGGACAGCAAAAUCAUCGAAGAACUACAGGAGACUGUUGAAUAUCAGAGGGCUCAAAUAUUACAUUUGGAUAAAGCUUUGAAGCAGGCAAUUGCAAGUCAGGAGGAAGUUAAGAUGAGUAACAGCCACGAAAUUGAAAAGUCCAGAGAAGUAAUCAAUGAUUUGAAUCAAAGGCUUGCAAAUUGUAUGAACGUCAUAGAUGCCAAAAAUGUUGAACUUUUCAAUCUUCAAAGUGCACUAGGCCAGUACUAUGCAGAAAUUGAAGCUAAGGAACACUUGGAACGAGAUUUGGCUUUGGCAAAAGAAGAAUCGGCUAAGUUUUCUGGAUUUUUGAAAGAAGCAGAUCAGAUUGCGGAGGUAUUAAAAAGGGAAAAGGAAGAAAUUUUAGCCAAGUUUACACAGGCUGAACAGCUGCUAAUGGAAGGGAAAAAAAGAGUAAAUAAGCUUGAGGAAGACAAUGGAAAGCUUCGUCGAGCUCUUGAGCAGAGUAUGACUAGGCUUAAUAGAAUGUCGGUGGAUUCGGAUUAUCUUGUAGACAGGCGUAUUGUGAUCAAAUUAUUGGUGACCUACUUCCAAAGGAACCAUAGCAAAGAGGUUCUGGAUCUUAUGGUUCGCAUGCUGGGAUUUUCUGAUGAAGACAAGCAAAGAAUAGGUGUGGCUCAACAAGGUGCAGGCAAAGGUGUUGUUCGGGGAGUUUUGGGCCUACCAGGCCGCCUAGUUGGUGGCAUCUUGGGAGGAAGUUCAGCUGAUCAUGCAAAUAAGGUGUCUGAAAACCAGUCCUUUGCAGAUAUGUGGGUCGAUUAUCUUCUGAAGGAAACUGAAGAAAGAGAGAGAAGGGAAUUGUUGGAAGAUCCUGGUAGACCAACGGGAGAUCUACCUGGGCGAAAUCCAACUACUGCAGGCGCUAGUCCAACAACAAUGCAUGAUCACAGAGCAAGCACAACUGGAAUGUUUUCUGAUUUCUCAAAAUCAAAUUUGUCUCCAAGCCAGAACCAUAGUCAUCCCCCCAUGCAAGGAAAUUUACUGCUAUCUGAACAUUCUGAUUCGGAGUUCUCAACAGUUCCCCUCACAUCGGCGGAUAGUACAUCUCGUAUCUCAAGACUUCUUCCAAAAUAUUGAAAAUAUGAGGAGCUGUGUAAUUAAUCAAAGUAGUAGUUUUUUGGUCAGUGUUGUAUGAUCCAAUCUUGCUUCAAUUAAUUCUUUUACAAUCAGUUAGAAGGGCAUCUUGUGUCAGUUACAUUUGCUCAUCGAAGUCCCAAUUUCUUCAGUACAUUUUAAAAUAUGAAAAUAAUGAAUUAAAGGUUAUAUGGUCUUAA